AUGAAAAUUGUUUCACCAAAAGAAAGUGCAAGCUUAACAAGAUUAUAUUUUUAUGCUGGCUUCAUGCAGCUUAUUAUUCGAGGAAUUGUACCAAGAAAGCUUGAUGAAUUAGACUUCAAAUCAUUUGGAAUAGCUGCAUUGAUGAGUAUAUCAACAUAUAUUGCAGUUGCAUUAAUUAUGUUAUAUCCAUUCAAGAACAGAUUUGGAACAUACUUAAGUACGGUAUUUCCAACAACUUAUAUUAACUACAUUAUCUCAGGCACGCCUGUUUUCAAUGCAUUAUGGCCUCCAAAAGAAAGUGUUCUUGUAAAUAUGAUGAUGAUUGCAAAUGAUCUCAUAUCAUCACCAAUAUUUCUAUUUCUUGUUGGAAUUUAUAAUGCAAUUGAAAAUAAUAAAAAGCGCAGAGCAAAUGGACUUCCACCAGAGAAAUUCUCCUUUUCAAUUAUUGGAAAUGUUCUUUUAGGAGUUAUAAAGUCCCCAAUUCUCAUUGGAAAUGUCGUGGAAAUUAUCUACUCCGCCUGCAAGAUUCCUUAUCCUAUCUUUAUUGACAGAUACCUUCAGUUUGCUGGCGAUAUGGUUUUUGCUCUUGCACUUGUUGGAGUAGGGAUCUUCUUGGCCCAAAACUCUCUAAUCUCUUGUGACUGGCGGCAAUUCAUCUUUUGCAUGAUUACAAGAUGUUUCAUUGGUCCGGCUCUUGCAGGCCUAUGGUGCAAAGCCCUUGGAAUGAGUGCAAGAACAUCGAGACAAUGCAUCAUAAUUGGUGCACAACCAACAGCUGUUGCAUCAUUUGCAAUUACAAGUACAAACCAUUUGGGAGAAGGAUGUGCUUCGACAAUGAUUCUUUGGACAACAAUUUUAUGUGUUCCGACAAUCAUUGUAUGGUUUGCUAUUCUUGAUGGUUUGCAUUUGUAUGUUGAAUAA